CGCUACUCGACAAGAUGAACGUAUUCCAUAGUUUCUUGAUAGUCUUCCUGGGCCUGGCCCUCAGCUCUGUGGGUGCACAGAUAGCAACGCGCCAGGAAACCGCGGAGGACAAGGCUUGUGGUCCCCGCCGCUACUACAAUUACGCCCGGCACACUUGUCUGCCGUACUAGGAACCUUUCCAAAGUGUUCUAUGCCUAAAGAAAUGCAAAAUUAACGUAAUAAAUUUACCAGAAAUAAA